GUCUUGGGGGGAGUGUCUGCGUGAACGGGAGUCACAACUCUGGUGUGCUAUAGUCUGAGUCUGAGGGUAAAACGAGGAGAACGAGCAGACGUAGCUGUUGCUACUUGUGCCGUCCGCUGAAGCCGCGCGGUGACGCUCGCCACAUCCGAGCCCCUCUCCUGUUGGACUCAGCCGGAGCUCUCUGCCGCUCUGAGCUGCCGCUGGCUCCUGAGUGUGCGCGUCUGUGAACCGGAUGCCGCGAAGAUGUGCUCGCUGAGGGGUGACUGAUGAGAACCGGCGCUCCGGUGUGGAUGGUGACCCCCCUGUGUCCGUGCCACCGCUACUCGGGGAGAUUUGGGCGCCUGGCGUUUCCACGACGACUAUAAUGGGCUGCAAUCUGUGCACUUUACAGAAGCGAGAGGAACACUACAAGCUGCUGUACGAGAUUGCACAGGUGAAUGGGAAGGAGUUGUCCAAAUCCAGCCACGAUGAGACUGUGGAGGCCUUCCGAGCUGCCAGGGACCCCGUCGUGGUGCAGGUCAUCAGGCGUACCCCGAGCGGCCGCCCCCACGGCCCCCCUCAGGAAAUCCAUGUGGUGGAUGUGUGCACUCAGACCGACAUCACCUUUGAACACAUCAUGGCGCUGGCAAAGCUCCGGCCUUCAACCCCUCCUGUGCCUGACGUCUGUCCCUUCCUGCUCUCUGACAGCUGUCAUUCCCUUCAUACAAUGGACCAAGAUUACUAUGAAGGUACCGACUACCUCUCCCCCGUCCCAGCUGACGGAGACAGAACGGAGGAGUUUGAGUACGAGGAAGUCGAACUUUGUCGUCUCAGCUGUCAUGAAAAACUAGGCCUCACUCUGUGCUAUCGAACGGACGAAGAGGAGGAUGUGGCCAUCUAUGUCAGUGAGGUCAGCCCCAACAGCAUUGCCGCCAGAGACGGGCGGAUCCGAGAAGGGGAUCGAAUCUUACAGAUAAACGGCACUGAUGUGCAAGACAGAGAAGAAGCAAUGGCUGCUCUCUCCAGUGAUGACUUCAGGAACAUCGUACUACUGGUCGCCCGAAGAUCCGAAGAUGACAAGCCUUCCUGUUCAACAUUUUCUUACUCAAGAGACAGCCUGCCAAGUCUGAAAGAGAGAAAGGAAAACUCAGACCACAACGUCUUAGCCCAAAUCCAGAGACGCCUGUCCCGGUGCCUACGGGACAGUCAGGACUCCCAUUGCACCAGCGGUAGCAAGCGACUGGAGGACAAAGAYGACGAGGACAACGAUGAGUCAGAGGGAGAUCGUUUCCAGCAACUUUUGGAGCUAAAAUGUCAGAUACGCAACAGCGGCGAGUACGACCUUUUCUACAGCCGCCGCAGUACUAUUGAGUGCAGCAUGGCGGAACAGAGYGAUGUGCAACACGAGCUGCGUAUGCUAAACGAGGAGCUACGCAGUAUUGAACUUGAGUGCCAGAACAUUAUGCAGGCCCAUAAGCUGCGCAAGAGUCAGCAAUCUCCCUUAAUGGGACGUUCUGCACCCUCCAUCAAAAGUCAAAGCCCCAAACACGGGGAGUCUGUUAAGGGUAAGCUGGGUGACAUUAAURWGAGGAUGGAAAAGUCUGACAAAGACAGCUCCAGUGCCUACAACACUGCCGAGAGUUCUCGGAGCACGCCCUUGGCCAUGGACCGCUCCCCAGAGCACUCUCUCCAGAGAAUGGUCAGCCUCACCAACCAGAGGAACCUCUAUGGCGGCUUUGCUACCGGCCACUCACCAAGCCCGAGCCCCUUACCGCCCUGCAGAACCCCCGUUCUGGGCAAAAGCAGCAGCCCCGACCACAGUAACCCUUCAGAGUCWGAUCAGACACCUCAGGCUGAGGAGGAGGGUAAAAGAAAGUUAAAGCAGUGCACUUCCCAGAUUCCUUACUUCUCCCCUUCCCACAGUUCCCAGCAGAGGCAGACCAACAUUCCCGCCCAUGCCCGCCACUACCAGAGCUACAUGCAGCUGAUACAGCAGCGUUCAGCUGUUGAGUACGCUCAGAGCCAGCUCAGCCUGCUUAGUGUCUGCAAAGAGCCUCAGAGGCCCAUUAACGAACCCAAGAUGGAGUGGAAAGUCAAGAUUCGCAGCGACGGCACCCGCUACAUCACCAAGAGGCCCGUGAGAGACAAGAUCCUGAGGGAGCGGGCCUUGAAGAUAAAAGAGGAGCGCAGCGGAGGGAUGACGACGGACGACGAUGCAAUGAGUGAGAUGAAGAUGGGGAGGUACUGGAGUAAAGAGGAAAGGAAGCAGCACCUGGUCAGGGCAAAAGAACAGAGGAGAAGACGAGAAUUCAUGCAGCGCAGUCGGCUGGAAAGCUUGAGGGAGAACCCUCAGAGCAGCARCGAAGGUCGAAAGGAAGUCAGUAUUAUAGAGCUCAGCCACAAGAAGAUGCUGAAAAAACGCAAUAAGAAGAUUUUGGACAAUUGGAUGACCAUUCAGGAGCUGAUGACACACGGCACUAAGGCCCCCGAGGGAGCAAAGGUGCACAAUGCCUUCCUCUCAGUCACUACUGUAUAGGACAGAGACGGCCUACAUUCUACCCCAUGUGGUAAAACAUACUUGCCUCGUUCAAUGCGGCAUUUUUAAGUGGACGGUCGGAGGAACACUUUUCACUCUUUGUAUCCCAAAAAGCAUUUUUAAAGAGUUUAUUUGUGGCGUCAUGACAUUUUUGUGAUGUUUUUUCAAAACAAGUUUCUCACAUGAYCUGGGAAACAUGGCGGCAUUUUCUAAGAAACUCUUGACAAUUAUUUUAAUACUUCACUUUGAACAUGUCUAUCUUUUUGAUUCUAUUUUCAUAUUUAUGUUGAACUAUAUAUCUCAUGGUGRUUGUUUGGCAGUAGGUAAUUUUUCCUUUACCUGUGUUUUCAAUGCUGUCUUGGAGUCCACAGAUCUUAUAUGCCUGAGUUCUGGAGCUGAAGCAGAUCCUGUGCUGCUGGCAGGUUUGCUGAAAAUAUGUUUCUCGCCCAAGUACAAAACAGUGCAGUCGGUCAAAGGUUUAACUGAACCACAUUAACAGUUUGAUUAGUAAAGUGCUUUUAAAUUAUGUUAGCAAAUUAAAUUAAGUUGGCAAGUAACAAUCACUUAAAGAGAUUCUUAAAAAUGGUCUUCUGAUGCUGUUUUAGCAUUUUUUUAAAUUUUGCCAUUUAAAUUCCAACUACAAUUUACAUUUUUUCUAUAAGAAAUUAAUAUAUGUAUAGCUACAAAUGUUUUUCAUGCACAGUGCUCUCCACAAUUAUCAGCACCCCYGGUAAAACGAUACUGACUAAUAGAUGUUUAUAAUAAAUUUGGGUCUAGAGGUUUCAGUGACAGUCUUUACCGUAGUUCUGUAACUGUGACUUAUUUUAAAAAUGUUUUACUUUGAUGACAUCCUAAGAUAGUGAAGGGUCUUCAUCAAGUUCUGUUUGUCACAGUUUAAGUUUUAAACUUCUUAAAUUUUUUGUUCUAAUGCUACUGUAGGUAAGCUAAGGCUAGAAGCCAUUUUUUAUUUCCUGGUUUCUAAAAAUCCACACACCCUGCUUUUCAUGAUUGGACAUGGUCUCUUAUCCUCCCCGUUUUGAGGAGUGGUUAAUUAAAAAGCACCAAAGUUUAAAUUAAAAGAAUGAGUCAGUUAUUUUACAGGAGUUCAGAUGGUGUCAAUAAUUUCUCAACAUAUGAUAGGUUUUUGCUACUGAAUGAUUAUAGUUAAAUCUGAUAUUUGGGGUUUGUGUGUGUGUAUCAGGUUUUUAUAUCCUUAUGGGUACCUAGAUCUUUCUACAAUGUAGGGUUAUGGGGACCGUUGCUCCUUGUGGGGACAUUUUCUUGGUCCCCAUGAGGGAAAUUGUUGUUUUUGGGUUAUUGGUUAGGUAUGUGAUGGUUAGGAUUAUGGUAAGGGUUAGGCUGUAGAAAUUAAUGGAAGACAAUGCGAAGUCCUCACAAGUGAUGAAAACUUGACUGUGUGUGUGUAUAAUUAUUUUUCUGCAAUCUUAAUAAAUUCGGGUUAAAGAUUUUGGUAAGUCUUUACGUGGGGUGCCAGUAACUGUGAAAAGCAACAAAUCUUUUCAAACAAACUAGAUUUGCACUCAGCUUUAAUCUCCUUAAAAAAAA